AUGAUAGACAACCAUUCGAUUUCAAGCAAACGACAUUCACCGAUUUUAGCUAAAGAUAUAAAGGACGUACUCCUAAGGAGGUACGCUAUAUUCACAGGUGGCCAUGAUAAGGAAUUCCGCUCCCUUAUAAUUUUCCAAGAUCGCGGUCUAGAUGGAUUAGGUGAUGAUUCAUACAUUUUCCUUAUGCAGUAUUUUUCUUCAUUAUCAACAAUGCUAACAAGUGUUCAAGAGUUUACUGUCGUUAUUGAUAGGCGUACUGGUAAUUGGACAGUUGUCAAGUCGAUUGUUACCAGGCUAAAUGAAAAGUUCCCAGGAAACUUACAUCAAAUAUUUAUUAUCAAACCUCAAGGUUUUAUGCAAGGUUUUUUCUUGGAGAAAACAAUAAACUCAAUUCGUGAUGGCUGUAAAAUUCCGUUAAUUUUCGUCGACAAAACUGAAGAAUUGCUUCCUUUCAUAGAUCAACAACAUUUGACAAGUGACUUGGGCGGUGAACUUAAUUUCGACAUUGAAGACUGGCUUACUAACAGGAUAGUUCGACAACAUAUUUUGCAUUAUGCUACUCGAAAAGAUUUCUGUCUUCAGUUCUCACAAGAUAUUGAAGAAUACUUUGAAGAAGUUGAACAUUUAAACACCGAAUUGAAAAACAUCAUGAAUCAGUGUAUUAAUCAAAACUAUAAUCAACGACAGGAUUAUUAUUGCAAUCCAAAAUCAAGAACAUGCCAUUUAAACCAAUUUUAUAGUUGUGAAAAUAUGCUCGAAUUACGUAAAAAAUGUCAUCAUUGGUUACAUCGUGUUUCACACUGUGAAGUAAAGGGUUUGAAAAUACGUGAAAAUUUACUUAGGAAAAAUUCAAAUCAGUCAUGUACAACUAUACGAGAAGAAGACACUACAAUAAAAUGUGAUAUUCCAUCGAAAACGGGGACAUGGGCUAAUACAAGUGAUGCAUAUGACUUACCAGUCGAUUAUGUCUUUCAUAUAAUUACUUUUGAUCGUAUACUCAUUAGGUUAACUGAGGCUCGUACCGAAUUAAGACGCUACUGGCGUGAAUACAUGAAACGAGUACGUGUUACAUUUCUGGUUGAUGAUGUUGAAAACCAAUAUUACGAAUUUACUAAUCUUGCCAGUACAUGGAAUAAUCUAAUUGAAUCUCUAGUUGAUUAUUUGCCUGUUAAAAUGUCCAGCUCCUCCACUUUAUCUCCAGCACAUCAACAUUAUCAUAAUCAAUCAUUAAAAGAUGAUAAGGAGAACAGUUGCAUUCAUAAUAGUAAUAAUUCAACAUGUUCCCCUUCACAUUUCAUUAUACUUUCUGCAUUGAAAAAUGAUGAUGAUGAAACGGAUACAUCGUUAAGUAAAACAAUAUUGGAAAGUUUAGAAUUACUAUCUUGUCGUAUAUUGGAAGCGGAAGCCACUGGUAAUCGACUAUUAGCAAGAUUAAAAGAAUUAGAUAAGAUUGCAAGCAAUUUCGCUUUAUUUAUAAUUGAUAACGUGGAAGAAAAAGAAGGAGUGUUACUGAACAAUUCUGAUGAGAAAGACAAUCAUCAAGCUUCAUUUCUCUGUUGUGAUGUAAAUCGAUUGGUCAGUGCAAAUUUAGUCUCAAAUAUUAUUUGUCCAGAUUUGCCAAUAAAAUUAAAUGGAAGUAAUCAACAAAAUGAUGUUAACCUAAAUACCAGUUGCUUAUCUCUAUAUUCUGGAGAGGAAGAUGAAUCAUCUAAUCUUGUUAUGUCUAAAGAAUUUAAUCAUAGUUCUAAUGAAAAAACUGAUGAAUCCAUGCAACAAUAUUUUCUUCCUAUCAAAUUUCCUUCAAAUGUAAAAGAAUGGUCUUUGUUAUUUAAAAAUAUGAUUGAUUUAGCUAGUAUAGAUUUACCAAAAGCAGCUGAUCAAAUUAAUCGUUUGCUACAACUGUACACAGAAAUUGAUAAUGCUGCUUCAUGGAUUAAAGAAGGUCAUCAUUUAUUGAAGAUAGUAACACCACCGAAUAAGCUCACUACAAUGAAUUUAGUGGAAUGUCGGUCACGUAUGGAUGAAUUGAUUACAUUUACUUCUUCACGUCAGAGUAGAUUAGAGUUACUUCGAAAUCCUAAACUGUUUCAUUCACGAUUAGUUGGAUUAUUAGACGCUGAUUUGAAGAGUCAUUUAAGUAAAUUAUUAAAACAAGUAGAAGAUUUAGCACAAAAUUGUAAUCUUGCUAUUGCUUCAAUUCGUCAACACAUUUCACGAACAAGUUUCCCAAGAAAUCAUCCCAACUCUAAAUCUUUUAAUAGUAGUACUAAUAGCAGUGGUAGUACUUUGACUAGUCCUGGGACAAAUUCACCCAUUCAAGAAGCUAUUGAAUCAGCAUCAUCAUCUUCAGAAGGUCUUAACAACCACAAUAACAAAGUAUCCAAUUCCAUUCAAGGCUCAAACUCAACUUCAUAUCAGCUAUCACAGUUAGAAUCUCCAACUUCAUUAUCAACUCCAGGUAAACGAUAUCAAUUAGCAUGGAAAGAACUGGUAGAUACAGAAAAAUCUUAUGUAAAUUUUCUACAACAUGUUUAUGAUGUAGUAUGGUUAAAUUCUAUUGAUAAUGCUAAUAAUGACGAACUGGGGACUCGUUCGCAUCCACAGCCAACAUUUAUGCGUGAUAAUCAAAAUCGUCUUUUGUGUAAUUGGCCGGAAUUAUUACGUUUCCACAGAGACGUAUUACUACCGCAUUUAAUAUCAUGCGAUGGAAAUUCAGGAAAAAUUAAAAACUGGGCAUCCCACAUGGUCCCAUAUCUGGUAGACUUAUACACAAUUUAUUGUUCGCUUCAUGAUUGUGCAGUUCAACUCGGUGCUGCCCUCGAAAAAGAUCGCAUUUAUUCUAGCUGGUUAACUGCAUGCAAUGAAGAGGUGUAUCGGAGAGAAAUGUCAAUAACAAAAAUGAAUGAUUCCGAAUCUUCUGUCCCACCUACUGAACUAAAUCGUCCCAUAUUAUUGUUUAGUUCUCGUCUUGUGACACCUGUACAGCGUUUUCAACGAUAUCAUUUACUAUUGGAUAGACUUGUUCAACAUGAAACAAAUGAACUUGACCGCUGUGACCUACAGUCGGCCCAUAAAGCUAUUUUGGAAUUAUGUGAAACAGUGAAUAUUGCUAUGCAACUUCGUGGUUUAUCGGUUCGUCCAUCUGCAUUGGGUCCAUUUCUAUUGCAAGGAGAUUUUACGAUAUCUCGUGAUGAUGUACGAUUUAUGCCUAGCAAACAACGUCAUGUUUUCUUAUUUACUAAUGCUAUAUUACUCACUAAAUAUCGUACUUCACCCAAUUCGUUUAUUCCUGUUUUGAUUAAUCCAAGUACAGUGAUAAAUUCUGCGAUUUCAAAUAUAUCACGAGAUCAUUCCAUUGAUUCGUAUGAAAAAUCUACAAAUACUUAUUCAGUAUACAAUCAAUCUAAUAAUGGAUUAGGUACAACAUCCAAUUUAUUGGCUUUCACUAAAUCACUUACAUCUAGCAGUGGAAACAGUAGUAAUAAUCUUACUUCAACUAAUAUUCCGACUUUUACUUAUCGUCCAUAUUAUGAGAUUAAACAAGAAUUAGAGCUUUCCAAAAUCGGUUUGACUCCUCAUUUCCAUGGGGACCGUCGUCGGUUUGCUAUAUGGACUGCUAAACGCGCAGUCACUUAUAUUUUUCAGUCAUCUGAUCCUGCGAUCAGAGAUGCAUGGGUUAAAGCUAUAAAUGAAUUAUUAAUGGUGCAAUUAAUUCGUGAUCGUUAUAAAGUUCUAAAUAAUACUGAUAUACAGAGUGCAAAAAUAUUAUAUACUGAACAACUCUCUUUCAACUCAAAUAUAUCUGAUCGUAGUAAAAGCUUACCAGUUAGUAGCAAAACGUUGCCACAUAAAAAUCAAACGGGAAAAGGAUCAGUUGUAUCAUUACCAUCUAAUUUAGGAUCAAAUCCCGGUUCUAGAAUUCCUGAAUUUGAUCGAUCCCAUUCAGUUACUACUGCUUCGCUGAAUUCCGAUACUUCAAAAGAGAAUAAUGAACAAGAUAGUAAUAUCGAGAUAAACAGUAAUGAACAGAUAAAAACUGAAAUCGACGAUAAUGAUAUCGAUGAUGAUUGUCAACAUUUGAAUGUUAAGCAGUUUUCUAUUGGAAUAUAUUCUGUAUUAAAGGAUACUGUUGAUAAAUUUCAUUUAGCAUUUUGUGACUUACAAUCAUCUCAAAAACAACUGCAAGAUCAACUGAUCGCCUUAGAUCAAGCACUAGGUCGAUUAGCUAAAGCUCAAGAUAGUCCUCUGAAUCUAGAACCAUUUGUAUUGGUACUACAAGAAUAUAAACAACGAAUAUCAAAAGUACAUAAUUCUUUACGUAUUUCACAGGAUAGAGUUAUUCGUAUUCGUCAAAAUAUUCAGGCGAAAAAAAUCACUUAA